UUCUCUGAGCAGAUUCCUCACUUCCUUCAAAAUUUGAUCAACGAAAUCCGCACCCAAAAAACCCAAUUUGUUAGAAGCCAUAAAAUUGAAACCCCGAGUCGGCGAAGGAUAAAGGGAGAUGAGAAGAAGGCCAGGAAUUGGAGGUUUGCAGACGCACGCUGCUGCGAGGGAUCAAUUCCGUUUGCUUGGUGAAAAUGUCGCAAAGAUCAGAACGGAUUUGAUGAAGGAGCAGCUUGCCACCUUUCGCUCUCAGCUCGAAGAUUUCGCUCGCAAACACAAGAAUGACAUACGCAAGAACCCUGCAUUCAGAUCACAGUUUCAUGAGAUGUGCGCCAAAGUUGGAGUGGAUCCCUUGGCCUCAAACAAGGGUUUCUGGGCAGAGCUGUUAGGAAUUGGUGACUUCUAUUAUGAACUGGGAGUUCAAAUAGUGGAUAUUUGCUUGGCUACUAGAGCACACAAUGGAGGACUGAUCAACCUGCAGGAACUCUGCCAUCUCCUUCGCCAGAGACGAAAAAGUGAUCGAGGAGUUGUUUCAGAGGAUGAUUGCCUGCGAGCUAUUAGUAAGCUGAAGGUGUUGGGUAGUGGUUUUGAAGUAAUUUCUGUUGGAAAGAGAAAACUUGUUCGUUCAGUUCCAACUGAGUUGAACAAAGACCACAACGAAAUUCUAGAACUUGCCCAGGCUCAAGGAUUUGUGACAGUCGAUGAAGUAGAGAGACGAUUAUCUUGGAGUUCUGGCCGAGCCAUUGAUGCCCUCGAUACAUUACUUGAUGAAGGACUUGCCAUGAUUGAUGACGGCCAUAGAGAUGGUAGACGGAGGUACUGGUUUCCUUGUGUGUCUCCUAUCUCAUCAUCAACAGCAGUUGAUUCCUAAUAAAUUUAGUGGAAAGGAAACUUUGGUCUGAUUUUUAAAGGCCCGUGUAUGUUUAGAUUGUUUCAAAAUUGGAUAUAUCAUUGCUUUUUCUUUCUCAAAUUCUGUCCUAAAAUGUGAUUAGUUGUAUGUUAAUCUAGUAUAUACAUUUGUAUGUAUGGUAAUUGUUGAACUGGAAUAUAUACUAAAUUUUCUGUAAUGGUGCUUGCAUAAAAGCAGUACAAUUAUUUGGACUUUGUUCA